AUGAAGUUGAUCAUUUGCAGUUUCUUCGUUUUCUUCUGCCUCUCUGGGACUCAAGCCCAGAAAGGCUACGUCACAAGGGCCAUCAUGGAGCUCGCUCUUCCAUGUGCACAUGAAGUUGGACUUUCAAGAGAAUCUCUCGAUUUUAUCGAAUCCGGUAAUCUUCCUGGUCUCAAGGGUGGUUUUGGGUGCUUUGCUGAUUGCAUUGCCAAGAAAUUGGGUAUCGUUGGUGAUGACAACAGUUUCUCUCUCGAAAAAUAUAAUGAGAGAAUUGGAAAAAUUGUCCAACCUGAUAUUUUUGGUCAAAUCACUGAAGCUUGCGUCGGCCUAGCUGGUACGGAAAAUUGCAAAGUGGCUGGAAGUGUCCUUCACUGUUCCAUUACUAAGAUUGUUGAUGUUUUCUAUGAAUAA